AUUACAUGUGGUCCUCAAACCUACAGUAUAAGCUCUAGAUUUGAACUUUCUUCCAAGCCGAGCUGAACUUGUCUCUGUUAAACAACUUCGGGACCUAUUUUCUUUUCUUAUCCCAAUACAUAUUAUACAUAUUAACAUAAUGAUCUGAACUUCAACUUGCAUAUUCAGCAUUGCUAGAAUUGAGAGGAAUGAAAGGGGGGAUAAUAGACAUCAUAAUGGAACAAGAUAUGUCUAUCGUGGUAUUCAACAUGUUGCCGACGUCGGUCCAGGCUCGACUGCCGGCUUUCCGAUCUCUCCGCCGAUCUACGAGCCUAUCUAUCUCGUCCUUUCGACGCCGUUCUCUACCACCUCAGAAAGACAUGGAAGAGGUAAUGAUUACGAGGAGUGAAGAGGACUCGGUCAUUGGGUUGCGGCCAUGCUCAGAAGCAACAACAAACGCCACUGAUAGUGGACGUGAGGUAGACCAAAAAAAGUCGUUGAACUGCGACGGCAGUAGUCCCGAUGCCAGCUCAGGAGUGAAGUGGAAUUAUGCCGCACAAGGUUCUUACUUGCAGCACUCUGCCGCCCAUGAAACAAUUGACUUGGCCUUCGCAAGGAAAUCGUAUAUUGACGGCGUAGCAUACAUGCUGAAAGCUCUUCCGGAUGAUAUGGACGAUUAUGAAGCCUGUGUCAUCCGACGCGCGCUACCAAACUCAUUACAGCAAACUGGAACGGAUAGACGGAUCGAGGGAGGAUCUAAAUGGCUCCCAUCCGAUAGAGCAAAGACGUUUCUGCACUCUACUGUUCAAGGAUUCGUAUCGAGCCUUGUCCUUUUCGCCUACAUCCUCCUCUCCUUUCUGUCAGCCAUCAUCCGUACCGGAGCCCAUUAUGAGCGGCAAUACAACAUCUCGCAACACAUCGUCUCUGGUAGCUUUGUUUUGGCUACUGCCGUCGGGAAGCGGAGUGGUGCCCUAAGUGAGAAGAUUGGUGCUAUAAGUGACGGCAGACUUGGUAAGCUGCUAUCCGACCUUGUCGCUUGGACUAUAGAGAGCGUUGCCGGCGGAGUCCAAGAUGGCAUCGGACAGGGUUUACUCUUAAUCGAACAGAGGCGUAAAUGAGUUAUGACAUGACGGGUAUUUGCAUUUCCUGCCGGGAUUGGCCUGGCGUACGGAUAGAGGUAUGCGUAUACAUAUUGGAAUAUACAUAGAACGCAUUAGAAACACGGAAGGA